AUGAAUAACUUAGAGGUAUCCAGUUCUGAUGUGGAAGAAUUGGGGCUAUCGAUUCAAGAUAUAGACUAUGGUUUGUUGGUUCAGCAAAUCCGCAGAUAUGUGGUGAAUGGUGCAAUUAACGGCCAGGAUGAUAUCGAUGGGAAGCUUGCGACCGAAAUUAUGGAUAAGUUAAAGAUGAAUAACUAUGAUAAUGAUUUGAGGGAGAUGAUUCUGAAGGCAAUUGAGGAAGUUAGUAAAAGAAGAUCACUUGAGGGAAAUGGUACCACAAAGAAUACAGAAGCUGGGCAUUCGGGAUCACUAAGGAUUGAUCUAUCGGUAAUGGAUACAAUAGAGAGUGGCAGCCAUACAACGCCAAUCCUUGAUUUUCCAAAUGUAUCGUAUUUUGAAAACGAUCAAGACUUAACCAUAAAUUUGAGUGAUGAUCUACUAGAGCUGUGCCCUUAUACCCCAAUUCCCGAGAAGCUGGAUGACGCGCCAAUUGCUUCCUUAAACAAAGCUAAUGUGGGAAAGGUGAUUGGAACCCAAACAAAAAAUCCAGAUAGUUUAGUUGCUGCUGAGAGUGUUAUUGAAGAACCUAUCAAUGUAGCGGCCUGGGAAAAACGUCCUCAUAGUUCGAUACUAAGUGAUCCUGGCAACUUCGCUCCCCCUAGGAGGCAUCUUCGUCCACGAACAUUGAAACAAAUGAAACCAUAUUCUGUUGACAGAUUUGAACAUCAAGCACAAAUCCAAGGGGAUGCAAAAAGAGCUAUGCUAAUUGAAAAUGCCGCUGCAGAACAAGACAUGGAAUUAUUGGAAACUCUAAAACGUGCCGACCGAGAAAUCAGGGAAAGAAGAAUGAUGGAAGCCAUUGAGAGAGAGAAGAAGAGAGAAGAGAAAGAAAACCGAAUGAUGUUGAAGAAUUUAGAGGCAAGAAAUAAAAAGCAGGACAAAAAAAAACACAAACAUAUUAACAACAAAAUUUUAGAUGGCAGUGGGAAAAGUGCUGAUGAUAAUAACAGUAACAGUGAUAGUGACACCUUGAGUGAACCUGUCAGCUAUAAAGAAAAUAGAGAUAUUCUCGAGAAACUCUUGAAUAGUCAUUCAAGUGCAAAUUCAUCGAUAAAUGGCGAUGAUGCUGAAGACUCUGAUGAUUUGCGUGGCCACAAUAGCGGACAGCAUGAAACCUACAGCGGAAGUUCGACUGAUAAUGGCGAGCUGGAUUCGGACACUGACUUGGAGAAUUUUGGUUACCUUAGACUGAAGCUUUCCAAAUACCAGGUGCUUCCCAGAUCUUAUAUUAGACAUCUCAAGACCAAUAAUAAAACUAAAAAGGACACGAAAGCACAUCAAAAAGACAAGGAAAUUACUCCCAGAAAAGGGUUGGCAGUUCGAAAAUUGGCCAAACUAAAUACUAGAAGAGGAGCUGCCGAUAAGGAGGGAUCGUUUGACUGGGUAGAUGACAAUGAUAUUGUCAACGAUGACACUAGGAAUGAGGAUGCUGACAAUACCAUCGUGCCCAAUCCUUACGAUGAUGAUUUCUCUAGAAAAACGCGAACUGAUUUUGAAAAUAUCAUAAGUAAAUAUGGCCCCGCCAAUGAUGAUAAUGAUGGUGUGGAUCUAGAAAUGCAAGACCGUGAUUUAGGUUCUGGAAGUUAUUUCAGUGAUGUUGAUCAACAAGAAUUGGCAGGAAGUUAUAUUCGAAGUCAUGAAAGAGAACAUUCAUCUAGAAAUUCUUAUUUUGAUGCUUUUGGAAGUCCAACAGGAAUGAUAGAUGAUCCGCACUAUAUCGACUCAAAUUCUGAUGUUAGCUUAGAAAAUAACUGGAAUUCUGAGGACGGUCCCUUGGAAAUUAGAAAUUCUAGUGAUCUAGAAAUCUUGGACAAUAUAGAGAGUUUUGAUAAAAAUAAAACUACCGGAAGUUACUCUUACAGUAAUACUCUUUUAGGUAGUGAUAUUGAUGAUGGUGAGGAAUGUGCAGAAGAUAGGAGGACAGGGAUUGAUAUGAUGUUGACAUCUAGAAUUUCUCAUAGGAGAAGAGGAAAGAAAUACAACACCGGGUCCCGAACAAGUGGGACUUCACAAUUACAAAGACCACGAAAGAGUAAUACAAUCUCAGGAUCCUAUUUUCAGCAAGAUACCCUUAGAGCUCAGAAACAAGAAUCGGGUAAACUGAAUAGGGGAUUGAAAAAGGCCCCUAGCAACCCAAAAUCCACGAAGCGUGCCUCUAGCUCAGGGAAAAAUGGAGCAUAUGCGGCUACUAAUACUCAUCGUAGUCCACUUAAUUUGUUUCAAGAAAAAAUCGCCGAUCAAUUAAGGUCACAUAAGCCUGUGAGACGGGAACCUUUGAAUCCAGCUCCAACAAAUACACUGCCCUCUGGUUAUGAUAUAAGAGCCCUUCACGAUGAUAACGAUGAUGAAAAGGGGAAGAGAAAAAAGCAAAAACUCUACCCAUAUGAAAAAGAUGAUAGAAACUAUGAAUUUUAUCGCAACCCUAAUACACUUACUCUUCAACUAGAGUCAUCUGAUAGCCGAUCGUAUAUCAGGCCAAAGAGAAUCAAAUACAAGCUACCAAUUAACCAGCUUUUUCAAAAGCAUUCUCAUAAUAGUGAUACAAGCCAUAUAAUGUCUGAUUUACAAGAAAUUAUUAAUUCGUCUCCAGAAUCAUUGAAAAUAUACCCAAUUGAUUUUAAGAACAUUGCACUUUCAGAAUUGAGUCUUUUGAAGUGGUACAAUAUGGAAGCCAAACAUGAUUUGCUUGGAAUUUUUAGUGACUCUUCUCCGGCUGUUCAAAGACGUUUUGGUGUGGAUAAUGACCUUGAAAAUAAUGCUAUGUUGAUUUAUACUUCAGGAUUAGAGUAUUUAAAAAACCCAAAAUCAACAAAUGUCAAUCAACUCAUCGAUGACUUGAAAUUAAUCAGCCAAGGUAUGACGGUGGUCGAGCCUAGAAAAGCGGUGGGAAUUGGGCUGAAAGUGGAGAUCUUUCUAAAUAAUGCAUAUAACAUUACUGCCACUAAAACUUUAAAAAGUGGCGAAAUAUUUGAUAAGUUUUCAUUCAUUGUUAUGUUCUUCCCACUAUUGCAAUUGCAUAUUUUGAAUGAGGUGGCAAACAUGGAAUCUGAUCGAGUAAAUUUGGAAAAGAUUUGGAAUAAAAAUUUGAAAUUGUACUUCGAGUAUUUGACAAAGCUCUGGAGCGCGCGUUCUGUGAAUAAUAUUCUUGUUAACAGUUACGAAAAAAAAACAUCAUUGAUGUACGAUAUUAUUUUGAUUUUGAAACAUUUAUGUGACAUGAGGUCUGCAAACCUUUUUUGGAAUGUUGUGAAUCAUGGAUUGAUGAAAUCUUUCAAGAUAUCAAGGAUUUCAAAUACGACAGAUUACAUUUUAUUGUUCUCUAACUUUAAUACUGACGCUGUGAGCUGGAGAACCAUUGAUUUUUUGGUACAGAAAGUUAAUAGUUUGAAUGGUACGAAAGUUGAUGAAACAGAAAUUUAUAACUGUCACAAGAUAAUUUUUGAAACCGUGCAUAGCUUGAUGACAGAUUAUAAUUGGAUUGCUGAUGAUGGCUUGUUCAAGUCUUUAGUGAAACUAUUGAAGAAGAGAAACUUUGUGAAUUUCAGCGCUGAAAGGUUGAGCAUCAAGAUUUUUGAUAAAUUGGAUAUGAGCCAAUUUAAGCAUAAAGAUACUUUGUGUAAUUGGUUUAUUAAAUUAGUAAUGAUGGUCGUGCAGAAGAAUGAGGAUCUUUCGAAGCCCCGAAUAAAUUUCUCCAGGUUGGUGCAUUUUUUUGAGCCUAAUUCAAGUGUGUUUUCUGAUCCAACUAAGCCUGAUGUUUUCCUUCAAACUUUUAUCAAUAAAAUAAACAUUUGCAUCAUGAGCAACAUCAUUUCCAGGACUUCCAACUAUACCAACUCCAUUAUUAAAUUAACAAAGAGUGUGAUUAUUCAAGACGAUUUGUUAUGCUAUCAGAAGGCAUUUGAGGGGUUGGCGUGUUUUUAUAGAUCUCAGCAACAUAAAUCUCAUAUUUCUAAAAUAGGAAAUACUAUUUUUGAAGAAUGCAUCAAUGGAAUGAUCAAAAAAUUCGCAAAGUUCAUUAAAAACAAUGAUGAAGAAGGCUCUGCCAAUUUUUCUUUGAAGGAGAGGAAAUAUUUGGAUAUAUUCACCGAUUUAUUUAAUACAUUGACCGGUUUAGCUCUAUCUUCAACUGAUCUAAUAUCCUGUUGCGAAUUAUACCUAUAUUCUGUUGGAUCACCCAAAUUAUUCCAGCUUCCCUAUUUUGAAUUUUCUCAAUGGUCUGGAACAUUAACAAAGUUGAUGCUCAUAAUUAUCAAAAGUUCAAACAGAUUCAUCUUCCACACCAAGAAGCUUAUCCCGAAGUCUGAUUCCGAUGCAGAAAGAUACAAAACCAUAAGUAACGUUAUUAGAGACAACUUGUGGACACCAAUGAUCAAUUUGGUAAAAAUUUCAGCUGAUGAUAUUGCGUAUGUACCCCCUGGUAAUCAUAUUUGUGAGCUAGUGUGCUGCUUGGGUGCGACUUCUGAUUUGCUAGUUGAACUAAAAUGUGAGAACUGGCAAUCAUUAAAUUUUAAAUGGAAUCUAUAUAAUAUUGAUAGGUAUGAGUUAGUCUGGUUAUCCCAAGUUUUAAAAUUUAACGGUCAAAUCAGUAUGCUUCAUGAUGCCGAUUAUUUCAUUGAUAGCUUUGCCAAAUCUAUUAUUAGGUACGAGCCUAAAGAGUUUUCCUUUCUUUAUUAUCAGCAAUUGGUGCUCAAUGACAAGAACAAUAAUGAUUGGUUGCUGUUCAAAAAUAGUUUUGGAAACAUUUUUGAUUUUAGUAAUACCAAGAGAUUGGAGAUUCUUGCUACAUUUAUCUCAACAAUAUUUAGAAAUUCCCAUAAAUCCAGGGCUUAUGAAAAUAGAGCAAAUCAACUUGUGGAUAUUAUGAUUGAAGAGUUUAAGAAGGAGUACGAGAUGAAAAAGAAGAAUAUGUCCAAUACUGCUGCUGGAAAGUUAAAAACUAUGAAUUAUUAUAAAUUUGCCACCAAAGUCUUGAAUUUCUUGAAUUUUCCAUCAGGUAAGAAACUUUUACAAAAGUCAAAAGAUUUCCAAUAUUUAAAACAUGUUUUCAGAAUAGCUAGAUCUAUUGUAUUUGAGGGUCCAGAAUUACAACGGAAGAUUCAAGCUAUCACCGAUGAUUUUGUUAACGAUUCCGAGCUGAUAAGUUUUGGGAGUGAUGAGCUAUUUGUGUUUUUACUGGAGCAAUUAUGUUUGGCAUUGAUUGAAAACAAGCAAGAUGAAUUUGUUCGGGACCUCACGACUACUGUUAUUAACUUACAGAAAGAAGUGACUUAUGAUGUGGAAGCAAAACUCACGGCACUUGAUUCAAAACUAUACAUGAUCAUUGGGUUGAUUACGAUUGAGGUUAAUCUAUGUGCAAAAUUUGGUGAUGAUAUUUGGAUAUUGCUCCACUACUCAUUAAAGGUACUCAAUGAGGUAUUGGAAAAUUCAGGACCUUUCGAUGUCAAUGAUUAUUGGCUAAUUUUUCGGUUCAUAGUGCAAUUCGAACCUUUAUACAAAAACAGGCAUUCCAAAGCGAUGUCUCAGAGUUCACUGAAACAUCUAUUUUUUAAAAUAGGGACCUUCAAAUACUUAUAUCUAAUUCUUGAGACAUUAUUCAAUUUCCUUGCUGGUCAAGAGGAAUUGCAGUUAUUCAUCAGCAUUAUUAAUAUCAGGACCAGAUUUCUAGAGGAGGAUUUUAUCAAUAGCCAGUACUCAGUCAUUUUCCUAGACGAAAAUAUUGAGACUAAUUUGUUUGGCGAUGCAAUUAGUCACACAAGGAAGAAAAUAAAAGAUGAUGAGUUUAGCUCUAUUGUUGAUAAUACAAAAAUUCAGAAUGUGAAGAAAAUUGUAUCAUCGAGUAUAAUUCAAUUGUAUGAUAAAAACGACGUUGGAGGCCAUGAUGGAGCAAAUUUGCCAGCAUUGAUUCAGAUAGAGAGGGAAAAGUUAUUAGCAGCACAACAACAAUUUCUUUUACAUUUCAAUCCUAGUGAAAGUGACCUGAAAAAUAUGGUACUCUCGACCAUCUUGGAUGAUAUCAUUUGA